CUUUCAUUUAUCGCCACAAGUCUUUCAAUCUCUUCUCACUUCCCGACCUGAUCACCACCUUCUUGUCCAGACAUCUCUUGGCUUGUUGUACGAUAAAAAGAGGAAAACAAUCCACCUUCAUAUGCAGAAAUGGCUGGGUGCCUGCCAAACUCCACCUCGCCUCCUCUUAGCUUGAGGACCGACAGCCAAAACUCAAAACUACCAUGUUGGUGGUCACAAAGGAAGGAUUCGAACAGCUUCUCCCACACUCUCUCCACUCCAUCACCCUCUGCUGCGAGGAACUUCUCAGUAAAAUCUGUGAAUGGCCACCCAGUCCAUGCUCUUUUCAUGCAAGAUGCAGGCGUCUCUGCAAGCUUACCCAUAACAAAAUCUUUCGGCAAUGAAUGGAAAGACGAAAGAUUCCUGUUCGAUCCAUCAGAAGAUCUUUCUCAUAAUUCAGUAUUGGAGAAGAAAGAAUCCCAGGCGACCCUUACCAUCACUGUCGUUGGUGCCUCCGGGGACCUUGCAAAGAAGAAGAUAUUUCCUGCACUCUUUGCUCUUUACUAUGAGGGCUGUUUUCCAGAGCAUUUUACCAUUUUUGGCUAUGCGAGGAGUAAGAUGACUGAUGAAGAGCUUAGGGUGACAAUUAGCAGAACAUUGACUUGCAGAAUUGACAAGAGGGAAAAUUGUGAUGAUAAGAUGCAAGAGUUUUUGAAGAGAUGCUUUUACCUUUCGGGGCAGUACAAUUCUGAGGAUGAUUUUGCAAUUUUGGACAAGAAAAUGAAAGAGAAGGAGGGUGGGAGGCUCUCUAACAGGUUAUUCUACCUAUCAAUUCCUCCAAAUGUAUUUGUGGAUGCGGUCAGAUGUGCUAGCCGCUCUGCUUCUUCCUCUGUUGGAUGGACUCGGGUCAUUGUUGAGAAGCCAUUUGGCCGCGAUUCCGAGUCCUCUGGAGAGCUAACCCGUGGUUUGAAGCAGCACCUGACAGAGGACCAAAUUUUCAGGAUUGAUCAUUACCUGGGCAAGGAGCUCGUCGAGAACCUUUCUGUCCUUCGCUUUUCCAAUCUGGUUUUUGAACCACUAUGGUCUAGAAAUUAUAUAAGGAAUGUACAGUUGAUAUUCUCUGAAGAUUUUGGGACUGAAGGCCGAGGAGGGUACUUUGAUAACUAUGGUAUAAUUAGGGACAUAAUGCAAAAUCAUCUCCUUCAGAUACUGGCCAUAUUUGCAAUGGAACCACCUGUCAGUUUGGAUGCAGAAGACAUCAGAAACGAAAAGGUAAAGGUACUCCGUUCAAUUAGACAAUUGCAGCUAGAUGAUGUGGUUAUAGGACAGUACAAGAGUCACAAAAGAGGUGGGAAAGUGUAUCCAGCAUACACUGAUGACCCAACUGUGCCGAAGAACAGCCUUACUGCCACAUUUGCUGCUGCAGCUCUUUUUAUUGAUAAUGCACGCUGGGAUGGGGUACCUUUCCUCAUGAAAGCUGGAAAGGCUCUACAUAGUCGGAGAGCGGAGAUCCGAGUCCAGUUCAGACAUGUUCCAGGAAGUCUAUAUAAACGCAACUUUGGAGCUGAUAUAGACCGAACAACAAAUGAACUUGUUAUCCGAGUUCAACCAGAUGAGGCAAUCUACUUGAAGAUCAAUAACAAGGUUCCUGGUCUUAGCAUGAGACUGGAUCGGAGCAAUCUAAAUCUUCACUAUGCAGCAAGGUACCAAGGGGAGAUACCAGAUGCAUAUGAGAGACUUCUUCUUGAUGCAAUCGAAGGAGAACGGCGGCUUUUUAUAAGAAGUGAUGAGCUGGAUGCUGCCUGGUCAAUCUUCUCGCCAUUGCUAAAGGAUCUGGAAGAGAAAAGGAUCACUCCUGAGCUUUAUCCAUAUGGCAGCAGAGGGCCGGUUGGAGCACACUACUUUGCCUCAAAGUUCAAAGUUAGAUGGGGUGACCUAUGUGAAAAUUGAAAUGUAAUUGACAGUGUAAAUAGUCAUUCAUUUCAUCAUGUACUUCCAAUAUCAAGCUUACUUGCAGAUCGCUGUUCAGUAAUUUUCUGUGAACACCACCAUGGUGCUCUUAUGAAGGUGAAUGAAGUAUAGAGCUCCAAGAUGACGUUCAUUCUUAAUGAUAGAACGUUGAAUAAUUUAUUUUUAUUGACAA